GGGCCAUGGCGGCGGAGGCAGCGGAGCGGCACCUGGAGCUGCUGCGGGAGGAGCGGGAGGCAGAGCUGGCCCAGAGCAGGGCAUGGCAGGAAAGUGUCCCCCUGAAGGAGCUGCAGCGCAGGGGUGUCUGCCUGCUGAAACUCCACGCUGCCAGCCAGAGAACUGGCCUCUACGGGCGCCUGCUUGUGACCUUCCAGCCUAGGAAACAUGACCCAGAUGCUGAGCUGCCCUCUAACAGCUUUGGGCCCGGAGACAUCGCUGGCCUGUACGAUGCAGCCAGCCAGGGUGACGCGCUCUGCACGGGCAUCGUGACACGUGUCACCUCCAGGGCAGUGACAGUCGCCUUUGAGGACUCUCAGAACACACUGAGCCUGGACCAUGAGCGCUCCUACCGCCUGCUCAAGCUGGCCAAUGAUGUCACCUACAACAGGCUUAAAAAAGCUUUAAAUGCACUGAAGCAGUAUCGGGGGGGUCCAGCCUCUGACCUCAUCGACGUCCUCUUCUUUUCUGCUGAGCCAAGAGCAUUCAGUGAAACAAAGCCUCUGCAGCUUUACAACAACUCACUGGAUGCAUCGCAGAGGGAGGCUGUCUCCUUCUCACUGGCACAGAGGGAACUUGCCAUCGUCCAUGGACCACCUGGUACAGGGAAGACCACAACGCUGGUAGAGAUCAUCCUGCAGGCAGUACAGCAAGGCCUGAAAGUCCUGUGCUGUGCCCCCUCCAACGUUGCAGUGGAUAACCUGGUGGAGAGGCUGGCGGGGCACAGCGUGCGCAUCCUGCGGCUGGGGCACCCCGCUCGCCUGCUGGAGCCCAUCCAGCGCCACUGCCUGGAUGCGGUCCUGGCUCGGGGUGACGCUGCCCAGAUCGUGGCAGAUAUCAGGAAGGACAUCGACCAGGCCUGUGCUAAAACCAAGAAGGCUCAAGACAAGGGGGAGCGGAGCCACUUUCUCAGUGAGAUCAAGACCCUGAGAAAGGAGCUGAAGGAGCGAGAAGAAACUGCCAUGGCUGCAGCCCUCACCCACGCCAGUGUUGUCCUUGCUACCAAUACAGGUGCUUCCUCUGAGGGCCCCCUGAAGCUGCUUCCUGACAACCACUUUGACCUCGUGGUGAUAGACGAGUGUGCUCAGGCGCUGGAAGCCAGCUGCUGGAUACCUCUGCUGAAGGCUCCCAAGUGCAUCCUGGCUGGGGACCACAAACAGCUUCCUCCCACCAUCAUCUCCCACAAAGCUGCUGCCAAGGGCCUUGCCCUCAGCCUGAUGGAGCGGCUCAUCGGGAGGUACGGGCAGAAGGUGGUGAAGAUGCUGAUGGUGCAGUACCGCAUGCACGAGGCCAUCAUGCACUGGGCUUCCUCCGAGCUCUACGGCGGCCGCCUCACUGCGCACCCCACCGUAGCCCAGCACUUGCUUAAGGACCUGCCGGGUGUCACCUCCACAGAGGAGACCACGACUCCCUUACUGCUUAUAGACACUGCUGGCUGUGGCCUGUUUGAGCUGGAAGUGGAAGACGAACAGUCCAAGGGCAACCCAGGGGAGGUGCAGCUGGCUGGUUUGCACAUCCAAGCCCUGGUGGAAGCCGGUGUGAAGGCAAAAGACAUCGCUGUGGUAGCCCCCUACAACCUGCAGGUGGACAUGCUGAGAGAGCACCUUGGCCACAGCUACCCAGAGCUAGAAAUCAAAUCAGUCGAUGGUUUCCAGGGAAGAGAGAAAGAGGCAGUGAUCCUGUCAUUCGUGAGAUCCAACAGGAAAGGUGAGGUGGGUUUCCUGGCGGAGGAGCGGCGGCUCAACGUGGCGGUGACGCGCGCCCGGCGCCACGUGGCCAUCGUCUGCGACACGCGCACGGUGGGCAGCCAGCCCUUCCUGCAGCGCCUGCUGGCCCACCUCGGCCAGCGCGGGCGCGUGCGCUCGGCCUUCGAGUACCUCAGCGACCUCGUGCCCCAGAGCUACCCGCAGGAGGGGCAGAGCGAGCGGCAGCGGGGGGCAAAGCUGCCCGCAGCCCCCGGCCCCAAGCCCCAGCCGCCCCCGGGGGGGAAGCACAGGGCAGCAGCAGCCAGAGCAGCGUGUCCAAAGCCGGGAGCACAACGCAGCGGGGCCCCCCCGGCCACAAGCGGACCUGGGAGGGAGAGCCCGGAGACAAAAAGUGGUGCUGAGAGGCUGAGGGCCAUGCUGAUGGCCUUCCUGGAGAGCAGUGAGGUGCAGCUGGAUUUCCCCCCAUCCCUCAAUGCCCACGAUCGGAUGCUGGUUCACCAGAUGGCCGAGGAGCUGGGGCUGCAGCACGGGAGCACCGGGGAGGGCAGGGAGCGGUACAUCAGUGUCCGCAGGAAAGAGCCCACCGAGCCUGCACUGCCUGCAGCCGCCUCCCCCAGCGAGCAGCAUCCCCUUCCUCAGCCACAGCACCCCAGCAGCGAAACCCCUGCCCCUGCUGAGCCAGCAGGGAGCAGCCAGGGCUCGGGGAAGGUGGACCUGAAAGCCCUGCACCUCGAGAGGGUUCAGAGGGAGAAAGCCAGACGGGAGGAGGCAGCAAGGAAGGCUCAGGAGCCCAAGGCCGGCGGCAGGAAGAAAGACAAAGGUGAAGCCAAAGGCAAGCCAGCGGAGGCAGAAGAAGACAUCGACGCCCUGAUUUCUGCUGCCAUCAAAGCUGACAACACGUGCGGCUUCCUCCGCUGCAAAGCCAGUGUCACCACCCUGGGCCAGCUCUGCCACCACUGCCACCGCCGCUUCUGCCUCAGCCACCACAUCCCGGAGGUUCAUGGCUGUGGGGACAAGGCCAAGGCGCAGGCGCGGCAGCGCAUCAGCAGGGAAGGGGUCCUGUAUCCCGGGAGCGGCUCCAAAGACAAUUCCCUGGACCCGGCCAAGAGAGCCGAUCUCCAGCGGCGCCUGGACAAGAAGCUCAGCGAGCUCACCAGCCAGAGGAAGAGCAAGAAGAGAGACAAGGAGAAGUGAAGGAGCUCAACAGCUUCUUUUAAGCCUUGAAGUCACGGGUCAGACUGUGAAAGCCAAAGAUGCUGCUAAAGCUUCCAAGGGGAAGGUGGGAGCUCUCGUUUUUGGGUGGUGACAGACAGCCUGGAGCUAAUGUGCCUCAGUAAAGAGUCACUGGGUCUCCCUGGACCACAGAGCUGAGCCAGAGGAAGGAGAGCAGCUCUGUUUGUCCUGGUUAUCCUCACUGACAAAGUGAUGGAUGUACAGGGAGAGGCUGGAGAAUGCCAGUAAAGAUGGAUACUAAAUGCCUGAAGCAACCAGCUGCCCCUGGGGUGUUUCUCCUGCUACAGUAAAAAGACAAAUGUCCGUGAGCAGGAACAUGAGAGGAGCUGAAAGCCUCUGGUGAGCCUCUCCUCCAGGGAGGGUGACAAGAGAGUGGGUGCUCCAGCUCCACUGCCCCAGCCCAGCAGUCCUCUGGCACUGCUCACUGUCAGAGUGGCACUGGUGUGUCCACACAGCAGCCAGGGAUGCAUCCCUGUGGGAAGUGGCCCAUGCAGGGCUCAGUCCUGCUCUGGGGCUGUGUGGGGAUGGAGAGGCCUCAAGACUUGACCCUGCUCCAAAACAUGCUCUGGGAGAGCCGCCAUCCACUGCCUGCUCUCACUGUCCCCCUGCACAGCACUGGUGAGGUCUCUCCCUCUUCACUGCCUGCUGUUCCCUUCCCACACCUCAGAGGAGCUGCAUUUCUUCUCCCUGUCCUGCCCUUCCUGCAAAGCUCCCUGGGAAGCAAGAGGGAAGAUCCACAGCGGCAAAGGCACGUCCAGCCCUGCAAGGUCUGCGCAGGCAGGAGGGAGCCGCACGUUCAGACUCCCCUGUCCCUGCCUGUUCCCUGGUCCUGUACCCCCAAAACCAAUCCAUCUUCCAUGGUU